AUGGCGGCUGAACCACCACCACCAGCAAAACUUGAUUACAAAUCGCGACGUUUAGUGGGUCAGAUUGUUGAAUAUGUAAAGUCACAAGGCAUUUUCGACCAAUUUAGACGUGACUGCAUUGAAGAGCUUGAACAAAAGGUUAGUUUAAUAUUUAGGUGAAGUCAGUAAUAUCACAUUCAAUGAUCUGCAACCUUCCAUUUAAGUUUAAGCUUAUUUCUCUUUCGCAAUUCUUUGUGUGACAAUUCUUGUUGAAGAGGAGAUAAAGGCUCAAGCAAUUCCAAACAUGCCUAUUCCCGAAGAAUUUUUCGGUCUAACUCAUGUAUCAAAAUAUGAGUUUCCACGCUGUGGCAUUUGCCACCAAAUGUUUUUCCAGAUGUGAGGUUGUUUGUCACUGUUUUUUCUAUCUUUUGGCAUACAUUUCUCUUUGUUUUUUGCAAAUUGCUUGUUCUUCCAGAACAUCACUGUACACCCCAAUACUGACUACCAUCUAAUUUGUCUUUAAAAUGUCACAGCUUAAUCAAACACAAUGGACAUGAAAAUAAAGUAAAUAAUGCCAAUAAUCAGUCAAGAAAACAUUGUUAGACGGCCAGUUUAAAACACAGACUACAGACUGUGAAAAGACUGGGUAUAAAAUAUCAAAUGGGUAUAAGAGAUACAUUAGAAACCACUAACUUGAUAUAAGGCAAGGGACUGUUUUAUAAACAGCUCUUCUAGUUAAGUAAACAUGUGGUAAACGUAUUGCUUAUUAGCAUAAAAGAGUAGUCCUAGCCUCCCACAUUAACAUUCAUUCACACAAUCUCGUCUCCCCGAUGUACAUGGGGAAGGCAAGCAUUGUGAAGCCUUAAAAUUGGAUAGGUAAGGAAGCUCAUGACAAUACUUGAUGUUACUGAAAAUAAAACUGAAUUUGAUUUUUUGAAAAAAAGAGUUGGAGGACAAUUUAGUUUACAGUUUAGCUUUAAACCAAUAAAAGACAUAAAUCUGAAAAGCAUCGAAUCAAGAAAUAAAACCAACCGACAACAAUGUUAUCCCUUUAAUACGCCUUUUUCGGGCUAUAAGCUUCAACUCUUCAACCCUACAACUCAAGAUGAGAUCGCUGAGAUUGCGAAAACUUUUCUUCCAGGCAAAGCAGCUGGCUACGACCAGAUUCCAAUGACAUUCAUUUAAUAAGGAGUCCAUUCUACUUGUUUCUGAACCACUCACCCAUAUCAUAAACUUGUCCAUCCAGCAUGGUAUUGUUCCCGAUGAAAUGAAAAUCACUCGCGUGAUACCUAUUUUUAAAUCUGAUGAUCAGUCGCUUUUCGCCAACUACCGACCUAUCUCGGUGCUUCCCAGCUUUUCAAAAUUCUUUGAAAGAGUUAUCUACAAUCGUUUAAUGCAAUAUCUGAUGAAUUUCAACAUCCUCUGUAGUAACCAAUACUUCUUCAGGAAAAAUCAUUCCACUGCACUCGCGCUAAUCGACUUGCAUGAUAAGAUCUCCACGGCCUUUGACCGAGGUGAAUUUUCCGUAGGUAUUUUUCUUGACCUCUCAAAAGCCUUUGACACUGUAAAUCAUAUCAUCCUUUUUGAUAAACUUGAACAUUACGGUAUUCGUGGCUUAGCACUGGACUGGAUAAGAAGUUACUUUUCAAACAGAAAGCAAUAUGUUGAAUAUAAUGGCCACCGUUCAUUAAGAAAUGAAAUCUCUUGAGGGGUCCCUCAGGGUUCUAUCCUCGGACCUCUAUUUUUCUUACUGUACAUUAACAACAUCAACAAUGCUUCUAAUCUAUUAAAUCUGAUAUUGUUCGCUGACGAUACCAAUGUAUUCAUGUCACAUAAAGAUCUGAACUAUCUCUCAGAUAUGUUAAACUUGGAGAUGGACAAACUGUCAAUCUGGUUUAAAGCAAACAAGCUUUCUCUAAAUCUUAAAGAGACUAAAUUUAUGGUCUUUAAACGAAGACAAAAGCGUUCAAUUUGUAAUAUUCAAAUAAGUAUAGAUAAUCAAAAUAUUGUUGAAGUAAAGGAGACAAAUUUUCUAGGCGUAAUUUUGGAUGAAAACCUAAAUUGGAAGUCUGAAAUAUCACACGUUGCAAGUAAAGUUGCGAAGUCAAUCAGUAUAAUAUCUAGAUGCAGCUUCUUUCUUCCUAAAUCGUCUUUACGUAUGCUCUACUAUUCCUGAAUUUAUCCUUAUUUUUACUACUGCAAUAUCGUUUGGGCUUCGACCUAUAAAACCAAUCUCCGCCGCCUUGUUAUCCUGCAAAAGCGCAUUAUUAGAAUUAUUAAUAAAUCACAUUUCAAUGCUCGUACUGAACCCAUCUUUAAGGACCUCGGUAUACUAAAAUUUAAUGAUAUCCAUUUGCUUCAACUGGGCCAAUUUAUGUAUUCUUGCAAAAAUUCAUUCUUACCUCCAAAGUUUAAUAACAAUUUCUCUCAAAGCAAUCAAUUCCACUCUUACAAUACAAGAAAUUUCCAGGCCUACCGUCUACCAUAAUGUCAUACAAACACGAAGAAGUUCUUGCCCUUUUUUCAAGGGCCUAAGUUUUUUAAUUCACUUGACAACAAGAUCAUCAACUCUCAAUCCCUCUCCUCUUUUAAGAAAAAAUUGAAGAUUAAAUUAUUGAGUAAGUAUGAGAACAGUUCAUAAGUCUUUCCAUCUUCGACUUUUCGCCUUCUUUUCUUCAAUUGAUGUGAAACAGCUCUAGGCUGUAAUUCGAGGAGUCCUAACCUCUCAUAAGCUCCUAUAGUUUCUGUGAGGUCUCCUCGCCACUUCUUUUUUUCUACUUUUCCUAUAUUUUUUGUAAUUAUUGUGUGGCAAAUAAAAUAAAAUAAAAUAAAUAAAUAAAAAUAAGUCAUAGACCUAGACUGGCCACAACUCUAUUUCAAUGGCUAGGAUAUGAGCAAACAAAGAACCCAUAUGAGAAGGUCAAUACAGGGGCACAUAUGCAAACAAUGCUGUCUUUAUAAAUUGAAACGACGUGUUAUGCUAUUAAGUGAUCUUUUGAUCAUAUUUUUACCUUACCUAGAAGUAAGUCGCCCCGGUUUUUUAAACAUAGUCUGAAUUCUGCAUUUUAUGUCCAGUCCAUGUUUUAUACCCAGUCCACAGUCUGUGCUUUAUACUGACUGCAUAGUGGAUGUAAAAAAAUAAUGCCCUCAUCAUUCUGAAUGCCUGGCUUCAAUGAUUUUUCUUCCUUGCUGUAAACAGGAAUCUUAUCGGCAGUUGACACAGAGAGUAGAAAGUCAUGUAGCAACAUUCUUAUCUAAGCAGACAUGGUCAGAUGCCCUUCCUAAAAACCAAGUCAGAGACAGCUUGCGAAAACACAUUAAUCAGUAAGUUAUGUUCAUGAAGAGUGUAGUAGGGUGUUGCAUAUGUUAUUAACCCUUGGACAUACAUACCCACACCAUGGUACAAAAGGGGAGAGAGGCUGAUGGGGACGCUCCCUAGAGUUUCUGAUAUGUUGCAGUAUUUCAAAUAGAAUUUUACCUUCAGUGGAAAGCCUUUGAUCUUCUCUACAAGAUGAGGUACAUGUAUAUUUUAUGGGUGGUGCUGCUGCUGGAGACCUGUAACGUCACCAAACAUGGUCGCCAUCUUGGCCACCAUCUUGGAUUUUACCGAGAACUAGAAAACACGUAAACAAGGUGAAAAUUGGUAAUUUUUUGUGCUUGACAUGUAAAAUAACACAUAAAUAAGUACUUUGCUUCAUUUUAUCUGCAAGAUUUACUUUUAUCGUUGAAAGAAGUCGAAAAAACAUGCAAUUUCCCUCAAAAAUGGCUUGACCACCUGGUGCUUGUGACAUCAUAUCUCGUAACCAUAGUAACUGAUCAACACUAAACUUUUUUCAAAAUGCACAUGAGGGAUAAACAAACAGGUACUGAAGACGUCAGGUGCUAAUGUCUAAUGGUCUAGGAAAAAACUCAGGAAAACCUCACAAGGAGGUUGGGGUGGCAUCCACCCUUCCCCCUGCUUGUACAUCCAGUCGUUAAGUAUUAGUAUGCAGGUGCUUUGAAUAUUCAGGGUGGAGAUUAUAUCAUUCUAUUUGCUGGUUAAUGUUAUCUUAAUAAAAAAAUUUGAGAAAAACGUUCUGAUAUCCAUGUGUGGAAUGGUAAAUGGCUAUCAAUUUUUGUUUGGAAAUUACGAGAGUUGUUUUGCUAAAGAUGAGUAUGGGUAAGAAAGUUAGGCCGGGUGUCUUUUAUAGAGUCCAUUCACUUUUUUCAUUUAAUAUAGAUCAGAGGUCUUGGACAGAGGUGUAAAGCAGCUUAUUUCGCAAGCUCUUGAAAGUAAGUCCAAGGCUUUCCAGACUCGCAUAGAAGGGGUGGUGCAGAACUACAUUUACAUGCAGAAACACCCUCAGAACCAAGACAAACAAAAUCGCAAACGUAAGACGGGAGAUGACAAGGAAGAGAAUAAGCCAUCAGUGCCUAUUUGCGACAUCAGUCAGCUCAUUCCUGUGCCAUCUACAACAGGUAUAUCUAAAGUCACAAAUUAGUGGGUUGUAAACAGUUUUUCUUGUAAGAAGCAUUUUAAAAUUGAUAACAAGCAAGGUUCCUUUAGAAAGGGCAAUAAAUUGUAUGUAAUUGCUUAAUCUUCUGCCGUUUCAAUCUGCAAAAUGUUUUUGAGACUUUCAUAUAGUUAUUCCAAAGGCUUUCCUCUUACAAGCUUGGGCAACAGGCUCUUUUUUGCUGAUUCACAUCUUAGGCUCAACCAGGAGCUCAACCAGAGGGAUUUACAAUAAUUUUAAGAAGGCUGGGUCAAACUGCUCAUGCUUGAGUAGCAAUUCAUGUCAGUAAUGUGUUUGUUACAAUCACGUGGCCCUCUGCAUGUCAGUAUUCCAGGGAUAUUCUCCCUCACCCUGCGGCUCCUUGUAAACUCAGUAAGUGUUUGACGGGUGUUGGGCGAAUUUGAAGGAUUGGCGGACACUUACUGUGAGCGAAAUUACUAUAAAUGUCAGAUGCUGCAACCAACAAGAAACUUUGUUUAUUUAAUUCUAUUGUGAAAGUUUGUGAAAGUUAUUGCGGUGUUAUUUUAUUAAGGUUCAAAGAAUGAAAGUCAUGGAGUCGAAAAAGGAAAAUUGGGUGUUCAAGAAAGUUCUAAGAGUGCAGCAACUGUGAAAGGAAUUCAGCAAGUGAAGAAAUCCCACCUAACACAAGGAAAAGCAAGUAGUCCAGGAAGCCCUUCCUGUAGAAAGGAACAAACAGAAGAGAGUAGCAGAACUAAAGAAGGAAAAUACAGAAUAUCAAGAGUAAAAACGGAAAGUUUGAGUCGGGAUGAUCACAGUCAUAUGCUUGCAAAAUCUGAAGAAAGUGCGCACAAACUAAAAGAUGACAAACCAAAGAUAUCGCGAGUGAGACCAGAAAAUUUCAAUCCAAACGAAAGUGUUUCUUCUCCUUUAGCAGUCGUCAGCGAUAGUUUGAAUUUCCUAGAAGGAAAGACCAACGCAUUAACAGAGGCGAUUCAAAGCUUGGCCCCAAGCCAGCUCUGCCAAACUGGUGAGGAAGGUGACGUCACUGGACUCCUGCAUGUGAAGAGUGAAAAAACAAAUGACAGUGAAAGGUCUGUCUUGUCUUCCUUGGAGGUUAAGGUGCAUGUUAAGUCCGAAGAAAGCGGAACAACUGGGAUUAAAACUGAGGUUGAAAGCAGCGAGCGUGCUAUUCUCCAUGGCCAGGAAAAGAUUGUUGAUGGCGAUGAAAAUGAAGGUCGGGUAAAAGUGAUGGAUGAUGAAAUUUCCAGACCUGAAGCCGGAAUUCAAAGAAGCGAUUACUGUGCUGCGACCCCAAUAGUUGAAGAAACUGAGGACCGAAGAGUUCCUGAGAAGAACACAGACGCAGCUAUUGUGGAUGAGAAGAAAAGGAAAGCUUUAGAUGGAGAGGAUAAGUUGGAAAGUUCAAAAAAAUCGACUGAUCUGGUCGAUGAAAUGGAGUUAACUAGGGAAAACAAACUUGAAGACAUAAAAGAUCUGGAAACGGAAAGCGAGAUCACAAACAUAAAUGUUUUAACUUCUGACGUGAGCAAAGAAAGGACUGUUGACCUGCCAGCUACCAGAGAUGUUGACGAAUCGGAGGAGAAGCUUUUGUCAAGCGAGAAAGCAGGAGCUACAGAUAUGGCUAGUGUAAAUGAAAAAUCAUUCCAGGAGCAGUCACUUUCCGAUGAAAGAGGUCUUUUGUCUUUGCAGAAAGACGACAUAGUUAGAAGUGAAGUAGGUUCUAAUAAGGUGGAGUUAGAAUCCAUUGAAGGAGACCGUGACCAUGCUGCUCACACUUCUUCAUCCGAUGAACAUUCUGACGUAGAGUCAGACAUCUCUGAAGUAUCAUCGGUACAUACAAGCGAUUUGUCAUCAUUUGACGAUGAGAUCAGUUCUUCGAGCAUGUCUAGUGAUGAGCAAAAAGAGGAAGCAGGCAAAACAGAAGCAAAUGAGGAGCCAAAGAGCGAGGUUCAAGAUAAAUCCAAUACGCAGUCGCAAACUGAGAAUGCUUCUGACGCGGCACCUAUGCGACGAUCCACAAGGAUCAGCUCGAGAAGAAGCACAAAGGAAGGUGAGAGUGAACAGUCAGGCGGAGAAGGUGGUAAAGCGACCAAGGCAGAGUCCCGUCGCCAACGAAGGCACGGUGAGAAAAGACAAAGGAAGACUCAUUCUAAGACAAGCAAAGAGCGUAGUGAUUAUUCUACCGUGAAGCGCAGGAGAGGACGACCUCGUAAAGAAGAGGCGCACGCGUCAAGUCAUUCGACGAAUCAGAGAAGGCGUUCUAGAAUACGUGAUCCAGACGACAUCAGCUCGACAGCAGGAAGGAGGGGCUCAGGAGUCGAGGACAGAAGCAAGCGAUCGCAAAGACAAAUUAAAAGAACUCGUUGUUACUCUCCGAGUAGUGAGGGUACAAGAGAAGUAUUUCUCCCUCGUAAACGGAGCCGCGAUGGCAACAGUUAGACUCUCCAAUGUAUCAUCAUAUUUAAAAUAGGCUACUUGUCUUAUCCUGGGUCAGAAUCUGUAUAGUUUGUUGUCAACAAUGCUUAUUUACAACUUCAAACUUGGGUUUGGUAUAAUACGGAGCUUGAGCUACUACGACGACGAAGACAACGUCAAAAGACAAUCGGUUUUAUGAGCAAAACAACAGCUCUGUACGUGCAUCGUGCUUUUUGGUUCAUUUCUUUGACGUCCACUUCGGCGUGAAACCUCCUCAUGCGACGUUUACGGAGGACGUGAACAUACGAAGACGAUAUUUCCUUUCUCUUUUUGAACCUGGAUAAAGUCAUUACGAAUAAAACUCCAGGAAAAGUCGCCUAGAGUCAUUUGACAAAUUGAGCAGGUCAAAUAGACCGUUAAAGGUCACCAAGACGUCGACUCGCCGCCAACUAACGCGCCACCGAGAAGUCUUAUCGCCACCAAAAAAUAACUAUGUAAUAAUCGACGUUGCAACUCACCUAGGAUUU